AUGUCAUACUCAUUACUCAGCAAGAACAUAAAAUACUACUGGGCAAUAGUCUACUCCCCAUCCCCACAGCAUUUUGAUAAUCUGACUUCAUUCAGAAUUCAGUUCAGUAAGCCCAUUACUUUCCUAAAAACGUAUGUGGUCGGGGCCCUUGCAUGCCCCAAUAACAGAACUCAACCGUGCGGCCUCUUACAGCAGCGUCAGACAGCGCUAGUGUACAAGUUGAACAAGGAUGUCGACAACCUGCUGUUUCCAUUAAUCCUGCUCCGACCAUUUCGGCCAGGUUCCUCGUUAUCUUCCCUUCCCAAGGUCAGGGAUAGCUAUUCUAUUGGCAAAGAUCCCAACUUUAACGCUAAGCUAGCAGUGUUUCCACAUUGCGAAAUUCGCCUAAGUAAAUAUUAUCUACGCUACACUAAACUGGGAAGCUAUAUAUGCCGACUUUAG